GGACAAAUCACAUGAUGAAUUCUAUGGUGCACAUGGCUACACACCCCGUAAGAUGUCCCAGGAUGACACUUUUGAUGAUGUAGAAGAGAUGACAAGUUACAGUCUGCAGUCAACCAGCAAGGCUGCUUUCAUGUAUGAUGAUGAAGAUCAAUUUGGAAAAGAAGACUUCAAACCUAAGAAACCAUCGAAGAUAAAACCGCCACAGAAGUCUCGACGAAGCUCGAAGGAGGACAUGCUAGAUAACACCAAGAGUCAGAAAAAGAAUAGCAGCUUCUCAGCAGACGAGUUAUACGAUGAUGAUUGUCUGGAGAGCUGCAAAUCGGACUCCUUCGCUGAGGAUGACUUCACACAAACAGGAAAAGGUUUCAUGAGCCCCGAAGAGAUGUAUGACACAGAAGAUGAUCUGGAAACCUGCAAACCGCAGAAGAAGACAUCCAAACUCAAAGGCCUCAAAAAAUUCAAGGCUAAGAAAGAACCGAUGCCUCCAGAGUUUGAAGACCCACCAGGAGCUGCGUCAGGUGACUUCCUGUCAGAGGCGGCCAAGGCAGAGUGGCUGGCCGCUCAGAUGGACGGCCGCGCCAUGGACGAUAUGGAGGACGGCGACGUGGACGACGGGGAUACUGACAGUUUGAUGGAGUGGUGGAAUACUGUGGAACAGUGGGAUGAGGUGCCGUCAGACGAUGAGGAGAAAGUCCUGAAAGAGGACGAGUCCAAGUCGUUCACCAUCUUGGCGGACAAGGUCGAACGCGGCCUGCGUGUUUUCAACAAAACCUUCACAGAGCGAGCCGAGGUGCUCUGGCAGUCCAUCAUCACGCUCCACGCCAUCGCAGACGACAUCAGCAACUUCCACCACAAGGCCAAGAUCGCCGGCAUCACCGGCGGCACCACCACGGCCGUGGGCGGCGUGGCGGCCAUCGCCGGGCUGGCUUUGGCGCCCCUUACCUUAGGUGUCUCUCUUGUGAUCACCGCCGUCGGUGUGGGCGUGGCUACAGCCGGAGGAAUCACCUCAGCCUCUGCCGCCAUCUCGGAUAACGUAAACAACAUGCACGACCGGAAGAAGGUGGAGACGGUCCUGCUGGACUAUGAGGGCCACCUGCUCGCCAUCAGGAAGAUCCUCCACUUCCUCAACCAGGGCUUGUACAGACUCCGCGGCCAUCCGUUCCUGAGAUCCGGCACCCAGCACUACUCGGAGAACUGGGAGAUCCGUCGGGCCGUGCAGAUGAUCAGCUUGGUGGACACGCCCGUCAUGCGGGGGACGGAGGUAACGGACGAGGCCAUCGCCAUGCUCCAAGGACUCUUCCAAGGCAUGGACAAGUACUUCAUCAAGGAGUCCCGGGAGCUGAAGAAAGGCUGCAGGAAGGAGGUGGUGUCCCAGAUAAAGGAGGUGGCCAACGUGCUCAAUAACGGGAUAGUGGAGCUCAACGCCAUCAGAGAGGAGCUGCAGGACGCCACGGGGAACGUGUGAGCAGCAGGUUGGUGAUGUCGCUUAUUUCUCCAAACACCACCAGCGCCAUCUGCUGGCUCCAUGAGGGAACUGCUGCUUUAAAGGAGGUCAUGGACCCAGUAAGUCAACGCUGAACCCCAACAAGCUGUUUCUGGGCGUUUUUUGCUGUUUUUCCGUUUUACACUGUGAUCUUGUAUUUCACUGGAAUGUAUAAAAUAUCUAUAAGUCCUGCAGCUCUAUGUUAUCAGCACAAUCAUGGCUACAAGUGGGAACAACUCCAACAUGUCUUUAGUGCAGAAAAACAGUUAUAAUGACAUAAAUCAUCAAAAAGUUGAAUUUCUCUGAUAAAUUAUGAUAAAUAUAUUAUAAUAUAGUGACAUAAUUGAAUUUAUAUAUACAACACUUCCAAGUGCCCACACGUGUCAUGAAUGUAAGGGGGAAAAAUUGUGUCUCUACUUGUUAUACAUAUUGAACGUUUUACAUUGUUACAGCCUGUCCUCUCCUCUCAGCUCUGUGUAAGCAGAUUUUCAGUUAAUAUUUGUCACAUGACCAUUUGUCUCAGCAGAAACAAUCAUGAAACGGCAGACUCCAGUCUGUUACAAUGUAUUCUGAAAAAUUGAAUGUUGUAUAUAGGGUAAUUUAUUUUAAAUGCACAAUAUUCUAUCUCUGUGUUGCAUUGUUUAAAAUUUACUGCAUAUCUGAGUACAAAUGAUUGUUUUAUUUAUGCAUAGAUUUUUAUUGAUUUUUUUUUACCAUUACAAAAAAAUUAGCAACAAAGUGCCUGUGGAUUCUCAACAAUUACAAAAAAAUAAAAUAACAAUACAAUAAAAAGGAUACAAUAAAAAAUAAAAAAUUAUAAUUUAGAAAAUAAAAUAAAAACAGCCACCAUAUAUUCUACAAUUCUACAAUGUCAUUUAGCAGAUGCUUUAUUUCAAUAUGUACCAAAACAUUAUUAUUAUUAUUAUUUUUUUUUACAAUUAUA